GACAUAGUAGAACAGCAGAUGAUAUUGAGAAGAAUGGCAGAUGUAUGCAUUAAUAUCUUUGCUAUGAGUGCUGUGUUGUCAAGGGCAACCAGAUCAAAGGUGGAUGGACUUCGAAACUGUGAUCAUGAGUUGAUGUUGGCGACUGCUUUCUGCAGUGAUGUUUAUGCUAAAAGCCAAAGACUGUAUCGAGAUAUCGGUUUAGGUGAAAAGUUCAAUGGGGAUUUGACAAAGAAAAAGAUAGCAUCAGAUAUAUUCGAAACUCGCAGCUACAGAGCGACUCAUCCUUUGACACCUUAACCAGACAUGGAACACUUUGACAACAAAAUAUAUUUAUUGCAGCAUUGAAGACUUUAUAACCAAAUCACAUAGUUGUACAUGCAAUGACACUAGAGAAUAAAGGGAAAUGCAAUCAUCGCAAACACCAAAUAAAAUAGAAUGAUGUCACUCAA